UCCAAUAUUCAUGGAUUCCUCUGAAUUUGAAGGUCACUUAACUCACACAGCUCAUAAAAGAAGAUGUCUCCGGGAGAUAUAGGACCGGAAUCGCCUUAUGAAAAACAACACUUGAUUCCAAUUUCCGAUCACAAAGAUCAUCGUGUCACUAAAUCCGCCGACCAUGGACACCGGGGAGAGUUCGUCGUCAAGAUCGACGGCAACAAUGAGUGUAACAACAAGAACAACAUCAAUGUUCUUCACAGUAAAGAUGCCAAGCAAGUUGCAGAGCCAAUCGAGAGUAAGUCAUGGAAGGAAUCCAGUUACGACUUCCGGAAAGAAGAUGGUACGGUAUGCAGAGAUGGAGAUAGUAGUUCCUUCUUUCGUCAGCGCCUGGGGAUUGUGGAGGAUCCUCCGUCGAGAUUGAUUGAACAGUUCUUGUACAAGAAGAAGGCUUCCGGGGAGAUAGCUCUGGAUAUGGAUUUGGAGAUGGACGAACUUCAGAUUCGAAGCGAUCGAUUGUCGAUGAAGCCCAACUGCCAAGUGUCCGAUGAUGAUUCAUCCGAUGAGGAGCAGCAGGACAAAACUCAAAUACCACCACCAGGCAGCUGUGGGUCUUCGAAUCUAAACGUUCAUGAAGGUGGUGGUGGUGGAAGAAGUGGGGUGGUAAGAUGUACGUCAAAUGCAGGGUUCCGGCCAGCUUCGGCAGGCGUCUUGUUGAGGACUAGGACAAGGUCGAGAUUGAUAGAUCCUCUGGACGAACAACUAGAACGAAGAUCUAGUAGAAAUACACCAAAAUCAUCAGGGAAGCUAAAUUUGGGUAUGAUAGUCGAUGAGGAGGAAGAUGACCUUUCCUUGGAGGACAUCCCUGAGGAAUUGAGAAAAGCAAAGCUAAGUGUAUUAACACUAUUUGAAUGGGCUAGUAUCAUUUUGAUCAUCUCUUCCUUUGUUGCUAGUCUUACAGUCCCUCGUUUAGAGAAGAAGCUUGUUUGGAACCUCCAUCUAUGGAAAUGGGCAAUUAUAAUGCUGGUUCUUCUCUGCGGACGGUUAGUCUCUGGCUGGACAAUACGGAUUGUCAUCUUCUUCAUUGAGCGCAAUUUCAUGUUACGGAAGAGGGUUCUUUAUUUUGUUUAUGGAGUGAAGAAGGGUUUCCAGAACUGUAUUUGGUUAGCUCUGGUUUUGAUUGUUUGGUAUGCUAUGUUGUAUAAGAAGGUGGAGCAAGAGAGUAAUGCUAAAAUCAUAUCAUAUGUUACCAAGAUUUUGGUGUGUCUCUUAGUGAGUACAUCUAUAUGGUUGGCGAAGAGCCUCCUGGUUAAGAUCCUUGCAUCAACCUUCCAUGUGAGAGCCUAUUUUGAGCGGAUCCAGGAUUCAUUGUUCAAUCAAUAUGUGAUCGAGAUACUCUCUGAAGCUCCUUCGAUUGCAACUCAGCAAACACGAGAAGGGAAUGAAAGUUGUAUGGCUGAGAUUCGAGAACUGCAGAAUGCAGGAGCAACCUUGCCAGAUGACCUUAGAGAAACUGCAGUUUGGGCCUCGAUUAAGGGUGCUGGGAAGGCGAUAGGACCACGGAGGAGCCCUAGAAUUGGCAAGCAACAAGAUGAGGGGAUCACUAUUGAUGAACUUCACAAACUGAACCAAAAGAAUAUCUCGGCAUGGAACAUGAAGAGGAUGAUGAAUAUCAUUCGGCGUGGAGUCACGUCCACAAUAGAUGAGCAUAAAUUAGAUAAAAAUCAUCACCAAUAUGAUACUGAAGUGUCAAAUAUCCAGAUCAAAAGUGAAUUUGAGGCAAAAGUUGCUGCAAAGAAAAUCUUCCGCAACGUGGCUAAACUACACAGGUACAUCUACCUAGAGGAUCUGAUGCGUUUCAUGGGAAAAGAUGAAGCUGUUAAAACUAUGAACCUCUUUGAAGGAGCAAAAUUAGAAAACAAGAGAAUCAGCAAGUUUGCUUUCAAGAAUUGGGUGGUUAAUGCAUUUAGAGAGAGGAGAGCCCUUGCUUUGACAUUGAACGAUACAAAAACAGCAGUAAAAAAACUUCACCAUAUGUUGAACAUCAUAGUGGGAAUCAUAAUCACCAUUACUGGGCUUCUGAUAUUGGGAAUUGCUACAACUCAUCUCCUUGUCUUCGUUAGCUCUCAACUCCUACUUGUGGUGAUCAUCUUUGGGAACACCUGCAAGACUACAUUUGAAGCAAUCAUUUUCUUAUUUGCAAUACACCCAUUUGAUGUUGGUGAUCGAUGUGAAGUAGGUGGAGUUCAGUUGAUAGUAGAGGAGAUGAACAUCUUGUCUACAGUGUUUCUAAGGGAUGACAACCUGAAGAUCACAUACCCGAACAGUGUUCUUGCUAUUUUGCCUAUCAGUAACUACUACCGUAGUCCUGACAUGGGAGAUGCCAUUGAUUUCUGCAUCAAUGUUUCCACUCCACUUGAGAAGAUUGCAAUCAUGAAACAAAGAAUAAUAAGGUAUACCGAGAUGAAGGAGAACUAUUGGUGUCCUGGUGCAAUGGUUGUGCUAAGGGAUGUUGAAGACAUGAAUAAACUGAAGAUAUCAGUCUGGUUAUCACACCGAAUGAAUUUUCAAGACAUGGGGGAGAGGUUCGUGAGGAGGGAACGCUUGAUAGAGGAGAUUAUGAAAGUUCUUAAGGAGCUUGAUAUUGAAUACCGAAUGUUACCUGUUGAUGUCAAUGUUCGAAAUAUGCCAGCUUUAGCCUCUACACGACUUCCAUCUAAUUGGACUGGUUGAUCCUCUUGACAGCUACAGAUGCAAUGUCCUCAACAACAAAAGGAGUGGUGAGAGAUCAAGCUAUAUGAGGGCAGAUAUAGGAAGGCAUUUGAGGUACUGAUGAGGGUGGGAAGAGUGUGAGAUUAAGUGAUGUAGUAUUUGUUUUCACCCAAAAAAAAAAAAAAAAAAUGUAAUAUUUGUUAUAUUGAUAGGAAUCUACUCUUUCCAUCGCAUUAUAUAUGGCUGGGAAAACGAGAUUAGAAUCCUUGAACAUG